GUCCGGCGCCCCCGAGCGUCGCCCGCCCCUUCCUUGUCCGCCGCCCCUCCCGUCGGACGAUGGACGGCUCGUUCGUCCAGCACAGCGUGCGCAUCCUGCAGGAGCUCAACAGGCAGCGGGAGAAGGGCCAGUACUGCGACGCCACCCUGGCGGUGGGGGGCCUGGUGUUCAAGGCCCACUGGAGCGUCCUGGCCUGCUGCAGCCGCUUCUUCCAGGGGCUGGACGGCCCGGGCGCGGCGGCCAGCGUCCUGCUCCCGCCCAGCUUCGCCGACAGCUUCGGCCUCCUGCUGGACUUCUUCUACACGGGCCACCUGGCCCUGGACGCCGCCAACCGGGACCGGGUGCUGCUGGCCGCCGUGGAGCUGUGCGUGCCCGAGGCCGUGGCCCUGUGCCGGAGCUUCGAGCCCCCCUCGGGGGACCCCGACGGGCCCCCGGGGCGGGGAGGGGAGGCCCGCGGCGAGGACGGGCCCGGGGCCCGGCCCGGCGAGCCCCCGGGGGCCCCGCCCCGGAGGAAGCCCGGCCCGGCCCCGAAGACCGCCGCCGCCUCCCUCCGCGACCGGGGGCCCCGGGACGGUCGAGGACCCGACGGCCCCUUUGGGGCACGAGGCGGAACCGUCCAGCUGCAGGGGGGCGGCAUCAACGAGUGGGAAGUUGUGGUUCAAGUCGAGGAUGACGGUGAUGGAGAUUACAUUUCCGACACAGAGACUGUGAGGACCAAAAGGAAGUCAAAUUUAGGCCAGAAGCCUGGCCCCGAGGAGCCGGUUCCGAGUGCCGGGACCCUGGCGGCUGAGCCCCCCGGGAACAGAAAAGGUACAGCUGUGCCGGUUGAAUGCCCCACAUGUCAUAAAAAGUUCCUCAGCAAAUAUUACCUAAAAGUCCACAACAGGAAACAUACUGGGGAGAAGCCCUUUGAGUGUCCCAAGUGUGGGAAAUGUUAUUUUCGGAAAGAGAACCUCCUGGAGCAUGAAAACCGGAACUGCAUGAAUCGGUCGGAGCAGGUCUUCACUUGCUCCAUGUGCCAGGAGACAUUCCGGCGGAGGAUGGAGUUACGGAUACACAUGGUGUCCCACACAGGGGAAAUGCCCUACAAGUGUUCCUCCUGCUCGCAGCAGUUCAUGCAGAAGAAAGAUUUGCAGAGCCACCUGAUAAAGCUCCACGGGGCUCCCAAGCCCCACGCGUGCCCCACCUGUGCCAAGUGCUUCCUGUCAAGGACGGAGCUGCGCCUACACGAAGCCUUCAAGCACCGCGGGGAGAAGCUGUUCGUGUGUGAGGAGUGCGGGCACCGGGCUUCCAGCCGCAAUGGCCUGCAGAUGCACAUCAAAGCUAAACACAGGAACGAGCGGCCCUACGUGUGCGAGUUCUGCCAUCACGCCUUCACCCAGAAGGCCAAUCUGAACAUGCACCUGCGCACACAUACCGGCGAGAAGCCCUUCCAGUGCCACCUUUGUGGCAAGACCUUCCGGACUCAAGCGAGCCUGGACAAGCACAACCGCACCCACACGGGCGAGCGGCCCUUCAGCUGUGAGUUCUGUGAGCAGCGCUUCACUGAGCGGGGUCCCCUGCUGAGGCACGUAGCCAGCCGCCACCAGGAGGGCCGGCCCCACUACUGCCAGAUCUGCAGCAAAACCUUCAAGGCGGUGGAGCAGCUGCGUGUGCACGUGCGCAGACACAAAGGUGUGAGGAAGUUUGAAUGCACCGAAUGCGGCUACAAGUUCACCCGCCAGGCCCACCUGCGGCGGCACAUGGAGAUCCAUGACCGUGUGGAGAACUACAACCCACGCCAGCGCAAGCUGCGGAACCUGGUCAUCGAGGACGAGAAGAUGGUGGUGGUGGCCCUGCAGCCGCCCCCCGAGCUGGAGGUGGGGGCGGCCGAGGUCAUCGUGGAGUCCCUGAGCCAAGGCGGCCAGAGACUGUGCACCGAGGACGGCUUCCCCAGUUCGGACGGCAUGGACCAGUCGCUCAUCCUCACGGCCACUAUUCCCCAAGACUGUGACACCUAGCGCUGACCCCUGGGCCCCCUCCCAACCCAGCUGCCAAUAAAAGGUGGCGCUUUGGACUCAACCGUUCAGGUUGACCACGUGUC